AUGGUCAAAGACGACAAUACAAUUAUUGAGGAGUUCAACGACCUCGUUAAUAUGUCUGCUCCAGAGCUGCGCGAAUGGCUUGAAGAAGGAGUGUCUCAAUCAUCUGGCUGGCACAAAUCCGAUUCCAGUGACACCGAGACCGUUGGUCAUGAGAGUGGGCGCAAAAUCGUGUCGAUACUGGAACACAACCCCGACAAAGAUCCGAGCCAAUACGAUAGCAAUGAUUUGCAACAUAUGCGACGAGUGGUAGCCUACUGCAAGCGACACCUGGCCCAGGAGGAGACGGCUAAGCGAAAUACCAACAGCAAAAGCUACAAAAGUCUGAAGAAUUGGGGUCAUGAUCCAUUGAAGACUUAA